UAUUGUUCGGGAGUACCUGAGUGGCGCUCCGUUCUCGUCCUACCAGGAGACGAUGUACUUCUCUCGCUUUCUGCAGUGGAAGUGGCUGGAGAGGCAACCAGUAACCAAAAAUACCUUCAGGCAUUACAGAGUACUAGGAAAAGGUGGAUUUGGUGAGGUGUGUGCCUGUCAGGUCCGGGCCACUGGUAAGAUGUACGCCUGUAAAAAGCUGGAAAAGAAGAGAGUGAAGAAGAGAAAAGGUGAAGCCAUGGCACUAAACGAAAAACGCAUUUUAGAAAAAGUUAACAGUAGUUUUGUAGUGAAUCUAGCCUAUGCGUAUGAGACUAAGGAUGCUCUGUGUUUAGUACUGACCAUAAUGAAUGGAGGAGACCUGAAGUUCCACAUCUAUAAUAUGGGGAACUCUGGCUUUGAUGAGCAGAGGGCCGUCUUCUACGCUGCAGAGAUCUGUUCUGGGCUGGAAGACCUGCACCGUGAGAGGAUAGUCUACCGGGACUUAAAACCUGAAAACAUUCUUCUAGACGACCGCGGACACAUCCGUAUCUCUGACCUGGGACUAGCCGUCCAGAUUCCCGACUCGGAGACGAUACGAGGGAGAGUGGGCACUGUAGGAUACAUGGCCCCAGAGGUGAUCCAGAAUGAGUCCUACUCCUUCAGUCCUGACUGGUGGGGUCUGGGCUGUCUGGUGUUUGAGAUGAUCCAGGGUCAGUCGCCCUUCCGCCGGCGUAAAGAACGAGUGAAGAGAGAAGAGGUGGACAGACGAGUGCGAGAAGAUCCCGAGGAAUACUCUGACAAGUUCUCUGAGGAGGCCAAGGAUAUCUGCAGACAGCUGCUGGCCAAAGACCCCAAAGCCCGUCUGGGGUGCCAGGGGCUGGGCGGUGUGGAGGUGAAGGCUCAUAUCAUCUUCAAGAACAUCAACUUCAAACGCCUCGAGGCAGGCAUUCUGGCCCCCUUCAGUCCUGAUCCGCGGGCGGUGUAUUGUAAAGAUGUUCUGGAUAUAGAACAGUUCUCUACAGUGAAGGGAGUCAACCUGGACCCCACAGACGAUGACUUCUACCACAAGUUUGUUACAGGAAGUGUCUCCAUACCCUGGCAGAACGAGAUGAUUGAGAUGGAGUGUUUUAAGGAGAUCAACGUCUAUGAGACCGAGGGCCUGCUGUGUUCAGAUCUGGAUGUGAACAGACCCAACCCACCGCCAAAGAGAGGAUUCUUCUACAGGCUGUUCAGACGAGAGGUCUGUUUAAAGAGUGGCUACGAAGACGAAGAGCACGAGGAGCCUUCCCGACUUUAAACCACUCCUGCUCACCCUCCUCCUCCUCCUGCUCACCCUCCUCCUCUCCCUCCUCCUCCUCUCCCUCCUCCUCUCCCUCCUCCUCCUCCUCCUCCCCCUCUCCCUCUUCCUCCUCCUCCUCCUCUCCCUCCUUCCUUCUUCAAACGCAUCCAGAGCGUUAAAAUGUUAGGAACUCGAUGAAUGUUAAACCUGUAUUUAUGAUAUGUAUUAAAAAGUGUAAUUAUAAUAAUUAAAAGAAAAACAUAUGAGUUUAAAGAUUUUGUACAUUUGUACUUGAAUUGUGUCCUAGAUGUAUAUUUUCACCAAAAGGUGUAUUGUAUAAAAGCCAUAUUAAGUACCA